UACAGAAGCUUUGCUUUUCGAAAAGGGUUAGCUGCAGCUUCUUAAAUCCUCUCAAUGAUGUUUUUACAGCCUGCGAGAAAAGUGUUAUAAUCGACGUUUUGAUUUCUGACAGAAUUUCAUUUUAUAAAAAAACGAAGCAGAGCUGUAUAAUAACCUUGACUUGUUGCUACCUGAUGGGGACUCAUUAGCUUGGAGCUAAUGUUAGCUUCCAAACAUCAACAGGAAGUAACGGACGGGCUAAACUUCAAUGUCUUGCGCUUUGAGUUCUCCAGGCAUGAAUUGUACUUUAGAGAAGGUUCUGGCGGAUGCCAAAUCACUGGUGGAAAGGCUUCGCAACCAUGACAAUGCUGCUGAAAUGUUAAUUGAACAGACAACAUCACUCAACAAGCGAGUUGAAGCCAUGAAACAGUACCAAGAGGAGAUUGACUCUUUGAACCAGGUUGCACGACAUCGUCCUCGUUCUAGUCUGGUUCUGGGAAUCCAACAGGAAAACCGUCAGAUCAGAGAGCUACAGCAGGAAAACAAAGAGCUACGGACGUCUUUGGAGGAACACCAAUCUGCGUUAGAACUCAUCAUGACCAAAUAUAGGGAACAGGUGUUUAGGCUUCUUAUGGCCAGUAAGAGAGACGACCCAGCCAUUGUAACCCAGCUGAAAGAGCAGCACACCACGGAGAUGCAAGCACAUAUAGACAAGAUCAAUGAAAUGGCCUCCGUUAUGAGAAAGGCGAUAGAGGUGGACGAAGAACGGAUAUGUGAAGACGAAGAGAGGAUUAAACAACUAGAGCUGGAGAACAGUGGACUACGAGAGUUGCUGGGAAUCAGUCGAGAAGCUUUCCUGGUUCUUAAGAGAGACGAAACAUCAGAGAACACGUCGCUGUCGCCGCUGCUCACGAGCGCUGAUGUCAGUUUACGGAAAAGUUAGAGCGCCCAUCGUACCCCAUACUGCUGCCACUGCUGUGUACAGUCUGUACAGUGUGUUGCCACAAACUACGUCAUUUUUCACCUUCUCUUUAAGUGAUUAUAGCAUGAUGCUCAUGAGCUGUGCUCCCGUCUGGUGAUUCAGACACAGAUUUUGUGUUGGUACGUGUGUUAUGUUUGCUAGCAUGCAUGAGUCCUUGGUGCCUGCAAGUGUGAGUGAGGAAGAGAAGGGUUUGAGUUGAAAUAAAUCUGGAAAUAUUA